UUGUUUCUUUUUUCGUUCGCUAAAUAUUACUAAAAAACAAAUUUAUUUUCUACGGAAAACAAGUGAAGAGAAGCCGUCUUCUCUGCAUAGGGAGCCACCGUCUAAAACCACCGCACCAGCUUUCCCUCUACAUCAGCUUCCGAAUUACAUUAUAUAUAUAUAUCUACGAUCAUCAACCAUUCUCGUCUCUGAAAUGGGUUUCGUUGAUACUCUCAUUUCUUGAUUUUAAGCAAUUUUCUUUUGUGUAGAGAGUUUCUCUCAUCCAAAAGUUUGCAUCUUUACCCAAAAAAAAAAGUUGGAAACCUUAAUCUCCUCCGUCUUCAGUUUUGUUUGAAUUGUCAAUAUUUGGGUUGUUGUAUUUGGGAAUCUCCGAUCUAAAAAUGGCUGCGAUCACUGAGAGUGUCGAUUCUGGUGUUGGUGAGGGAAUUGAGAAUCGCUUGGUGAAACCGGAGUCUGAUCAAGUGAAGAAACUGAAUCCUGAAGCUAAGGAGUUUAUCCCUUCUUACAAGAAGAAGAUUAAUAAUCAGUCUCUGUCUUCUGGUGAUUUUGCCAUCACUAAGAAGCAUUCUGCUGGUGAAGAAUUCAACAAACAAGAUGGCAGGAGAAGAAACGGUUAUAACCAAGGGAGGAAAGUUAGGUUAAGUGGAAGAGGUUCAAAGGCUCAGAGAGAAGAUAGUAUUAGAAGAACAGUCUAUGUGUCUGACAUUGAUCAGAGUGUGACUGAGGAAGUCUUAGCUGGAUUGUUCAGCAGCUAUGGCCAAGUUGUUGAUUGUCGAAUCUGUGGAGAUCCAAAUUCAGUUCUUCGCUUUGCGUUUGUUGAGUUCUACGAUGACCAAGGUGCAAGGGCUGCUUUAGGUGUGGGUGGGACGAUAAUAGGUUAUCACCCAGUUAGAGUAUUGCCUUCAAAGACUGCUAUUCUUCCAGUGAAUCCCACAUUUCUCCCCAGGUCAGAAGACGAGAGGGAGAAGUGUACAAGAACCAUCUACUGCACUAAUGUCGACAAGAAUGCGACUGAAGAUGAUGUCAGAAUCUUCUUUGAGUCUGCCUGCGGUGAGGUUACUCGCAUAAGACUUCUUGGUGACCAGUUGCAUUCUACUCGCAUAGCUUUUGUUGAAUUUGCCAUUGCAGAUAGUGCAGUUGCGGCGCUCAGCUGCAGCGGAGUAGUCUUAGGUUCUCAGCCGAUAAGGGUAAGUCCUUCAAAGACACCAGUGAGAUCACGAUUCAUUCGAUCACCAUUCACAAACUAGGAGAGAAACAGAACCCAAGAGGCUUUGUUGAUGAAGGAUAGUGAUGCAAACACUUCGUUUUUCAUUUGGCAUUUUAAUUAUUUUCUAGAGCAGAGUUAUAUCUCCCAGUUCUGUAGUAUGUGGAGACAAAACCAACAAUCAACAUACUUCUGAGUUCGUGUUCUGAUACUCAUUUGAGUAUUUAUAGUACCUUCUUUCUCAAAAUGGAAGAAUAUUAGUUUCGUU